AUGGAGAACGGCACGGCUGGAGAAGAUGUGACCAUGUUUAGCUUUUGAUUCAGCAAAGAGCAUCAGAGCAGUUUGAUUGUUUUUAGCUUCACAGGAGAAAGGAAACCAGACAAAUGGAGAUGAGAACAUCCCCUUUAAAUGACCCACAGCUCAGCAUGCAGGAUGCACAGGUAUCCCAGGUGAUGGAGAUCAUUGGUGGGAACACCCUUGAUGCCUCUAAGAGGCCGGAGGAGCCUGAUGGGACAGAUGUCUGGUUCCUAGAGAUGGGAGAUGACUCAGUGUUCUACAGCGAUGAGGAGCAAUCUUAUCAGGACAAAGAAGCUGUUGCAUCAUGUGAUUUUGAAAGCAGCGGGUGCAAACAUCUUGUCAACAGUGUGGCAGACUUUGAAACUAACCAACAGCCAGCGGCUGAUCCAGAAGAAUUCAUUAUUUACAACACAGGUUCUGAGAUGGAGAAGGAAGGGACCAAGCGUGUCAUUUGGAUGGAAGAAUUUAAAAAACUUCAGACACCAAAAACUGAAAAUGCGUGUGCAUCAGACCACAGAGAACCAGCUGCAGAGUACAAUGUAACUCCAGGGAAGUUUGUGAGAUCUUCUGGGAUAAUGGAGCUACCAAACUGCACAACUGUAGACAUGCAAACACAACAAGGGCUAAACAAAUCUGCAAAAGAAGUAAAUCAACAAGUUAAGGAGGAAGCGGUGUUAAAAGUCCAAACAUCAAACCAAUAUCUGCUUGAUGCAUUUAAUGAGGAGAGUUACGCAAGGCUGAAUGAAGAGGCAGGAAUCCCCAAACAGCUGUCUGAUGCUGAGCUCCUGAAAUCAAGUAACAGGCAGCUUGAGGUGGACCUAGAAGUCCAUACUGGGUUUUCUCAAAACCCCAACCCAAGUAAAUCCGCUCCACUGAAGAAAUCUGGCUUCAGUACCUUCAACCAUCUCACCUCCUCCAAAUACAGCACCGUGUCCUACCGCAGGAUCCGCAGAGGCAACACCCGGGAGAAAAUACAAGAGUUUGAGGUCAUGUUAAUGAACUAAUAAGAAAAAGGUUUUUCACAUGGACAAGACCCUCAAAAAUAAUGUAAACAUUCAUUAACUAUGUCUAUGGUUGCACAUAUACUGGUAAUUCUUUUGCACAAUAUUUCCAAAUGUCCAUUUGUAACUGUUGAGUAGAAUCUCACCACCCAUUUUUCACAUAUUGUCAGGUUUCAUUUAACCACUUUGUUAUGAAAACUUUAUAUUUAAGGUGGGUAUUUGACCAGCAUGAGUAUUUUUUAAUGCUAUCAUCUACACUAAAAAGCCUUAUAGCGUUUGAAGUUUGAAUCCCAUGAGAAAUUUAAAUAACCUACCUAACUACCUACUUACUUAAAAUGUUCUGUGGAUAAAGAAAAAUAAAAGAA